GCUGAGCAAGUGUAACCGGCUCGUGGCUAACCUCAAAGCUACGGUGACAGCAACGCGUAGAAACGGAUUUGCUAGUAGGUAUUAUGCUACGUUAUUAAAGGUUCAUAUUAUUUUAAUUCAUUAUGGCUGGUGAAGACGAGACUGAUGAACCGAUGGAAAUUGAAGCUGAACCAUCGACUAGCGGAGUUGUUCAACAAAGUAAAUCAAGUCGGAAAAAUUCGCAUUUGCCAUGGGUUGAAAAAUACCGGCCCCAAGUAUUUUCUGAUAUAGUGGGUAAUGAGGAUACCGUUGCACGACUUGCUAUAUUUGCUAAAAAUGGAAACGCACCAAAUAUAAUAAUUGCUGGGCCACCCGGGGUGGGAAAGACUACGACGAUCCUUUGUUUAGCCCGAGUUCUUCUUGGCCCAUCGUUCAAAGAUGCUGUACUCGAGCUCAAUGCAUCGAAUGACAGAGGAAUCGAAGUUGUCAGAAACAAGAUCAAAAUGUUUGCACAGCAAAAGGUUACCCUUCCGAAAUCAAGGCACAAAAUAAUCAUUCUCGAUGAAGCUGAUAGUAUGACGGAUGGUGCUCAACAAGCCCUUCGUAGAACAAUGGAAAUAUACAGUAGCACAACCAGAUUUGCAUUAGCCUGCAAUAACAGCGAAAAAAUCAUUGAACCCAUACAAUCAAGAUGUGCAAUGCUGAGGUAUGGGAAGUUAUCUGAUGCUCAAAUCCUGGCUAAAGUAAUCGAAGUCUGCCAAAAAGAAAAUGUCUCAUAUACAGAUGAUGGAUUAGAAGCAAUAAUAUUCACAGCUCAAGGUGAUAUGCGACAAGCACUAAACAAUCUUCAGUCUACUCACAAUGGAUUCGGUCACGUGAACGGAGAAAACGUUUUCAAAGUGUGUGAUGAACCACAUCCUCUUCUUGUUAAAGAUAUGCUGGAACAAUGCUCGCGAGGAAACAUCGAGAAAUCCUUUGAAGUAAUGUCGCACUUAUGGAAGAUGGGAUAUUCAGCCGAGGAUAUAAUUGGCAACGUAUUCAGAGUUUGUAAAAACCUUGAAAUCAACGAAAGAAAGAAGCUGGAAUUCAUCAAGGAAAUUGGCUUGACGCAUUUAGGCAUCGUAAAUGGGUUGAACAGUUUACUCCAGAUGCAGAGUCUCUUGGCACGGAUGUGUCGAAUAUCUCGUCAACAAUGAUCUCCAUUUGUAUUCUAUAAGAGCAAUCUCAUCGUCACCUAAUAAAGUAUUUUUUAUGCAA